GGAAUUUAUGGAAUGGGUGGCAUUGGUAAAACAACUAUUGCCAAAGUCGUCUUCAAUAAACUAACUUUCCACUUUGGAAAGUGUUGUAGCUUCCUUGAGGACAUUCGAGAAAGCUUGUUGACCAAAGACGGCACAGUUCAAUUGCAGAAAAAACUACUGUCUGACAUUGUUUGUUCUAAAUAUGCAGAAGGAGUGAAGGAUAGUGAACAAGGAAUGAGGAAAAUUGGAGAAAUACUCAACACUAAGAAGGUCCUUGUGGUUCUAGAUGACGCUGAUGAUAAAUACCACAUUAAGAAACUAAUAGGAAACAAGUCAUUGCAUUCAGGAUCUAGAAUAAUUAUUACAACGAGAAAUAAGACUAUUUUGCAAGGUCAGGAAUUUAAAGAUGAAAUAAUACCGUAUGAGAUGCUUAAGAUGGAUGAUGCUCCUGCACUUGAGCUUUUUUGUCGGCAUGCCUUUGGAAAAAAAUUUCCUUCGGAUGAUUAUCAUUGGCUUUCCAAGGAACUUGUCUCAAGUACAAGAGGGCUUCCUUUGGUUGUCAAAGUGAUAGGUUCAUUGCUGAAAGGGAAAGAUAAAGCAUUUUGGAAAGAGACUAAGAUCAAGUUAAGGAAUGUACCUGAGGAAGAGAUUCUGAAGAAGUUGAGGAUUAGCUAUGAAGACCUAGACAAAUGUCAGCAACAAAUUUUUCUCGAUAUAGCAUGCUUCUUUUUCAAUAAGAAAAAGACCAAUGCAAUUUACAUGUGGGCCAGUUGUGGUUUUUAUCCCAAAAGAGGAAUUGAUGUCCUUACCAAUAGGUGCUUGAUAAAGAUAUUGGACAACAAGAAGUUCUGGAUGCAUGAUCAACUAAUAGACAUGGGAAGGCAAAUUGUUCGUCAAGAAAGUCCAAGUGAUCAUGGAAAGCAAAGUAGGAUAUGGAUUGCAAAAGAGGCCCUCGAAAUCAUUAAAACCAAAGAAAGGAAGGAUCAAGUUCAAGCACUUGAGAUAGAUGAACAAGAUGGCUCCGUGGAGAUCACAAAUAGAGAGUUUGAAAGGUUACCAUACCUAAGAUUCCUUAGGUUAUGCAAUGGUACUUGUGUUAGGGACUUCACAAAGUGUCUUUCAAAGUUGAGAUGGAUUUCUUGGCAGCCUUCUUUUGCUGAUUCUAGGGAUGCUGGGUUCUUCGCAAAGUGUUGUUCAAAGUUGAGAUGGAUUUCUUGGCAACCUUCUUUUGCUGAUUCUAGGGAUGAUGGGUUCUUCGCAAAGUGUUGGUCAAAGUUGAGAUGGAUUUCUUGGCAGCCUCCUCUUCACAAUUUUAGGGCAAACAACAUGUAUUUGGAUCAUCUUGUCGUUUUUAAACUUGGCGAAAAUUACUUUGAAAAUGAUUCAAAUGCAUGGGACUUGAUCAAGGUAAACUACAUAAUUUAUUUCUAGUCUAAUGGUCCUAGUGUUUCUAUGCAUUGGUUCUUACACUUGACAUGCCAUUCAUUUUUACAGAGGGCAUGGAAUUUGAAAGUUCUAUCUCUUAAGAAUUGUCGUUGCAUAACGACAAUUCCAGACUUCUCUGCAUGCUUGCGUUUAGAGAGGUUGACUCUUGCAUAUUGUGAUCUGAAGCGAAUUGAAAGCUUCAUUGGAGGUCUACAGUCGUUGAUUAAGUUAAAGAUUGUAUUUUGCUGGGAUCUUACGGAUUUGCCUGAAGAAGUGGGGGCACUAGUAAAUCUUAAGCGCUUCUCAUUGCGUGGUUGUCAUAGGUUGAGAGAGCUUCCGAGCUCACUUGGGAAUUUAACCUCAUUGAUAGAGUUAGACUUAUCUGGUACGAUGAUAAGUGAACUUCCCAAUUCUACUGAAAAGUUAAAAUCAUUACGCAUCUUGCGAUUUUGCAAGAAGGAAUCAUGAGACUAUUCAUGUUCAGCAGUUUUUUAGUGGCAUCAGAACUUUAGUAAAUCUUGAAGAGCUGACUCUCUCUAUGCAUUAUGGAAUGAGAUGUGAAAUUCCUAUUGAAAUUGGAGAAUUGUCAUCUUUAAGAAUCCUAAAUUUAGAAAGCAGCCGUAUUUAUGGAAUUCCAAGGACAAUCAACAUGCUUCGUCACCUUGAAACACUCAAUUUAUCAUGUUGUCAUACAAUUCAAGAAUUGCCAGAGCUUCCCACAAGUUUGACUUGUCUACUUCUUAUAUCUAAAUCAUUACGCUUAGUCCCUAAUCUGUCAAACCUUAUUAAUUUGGUUACAUUGCAACUAAGUGAUGAAUCUUGGGGUACAGAGAGAUCAAACCUAAUCACAGGAUGCAAUUUAAGGUGGAUUGGGAGGUUAUCUAGACUGAAAAGUUUGAAUUUAAAUCUGCUAAAUGUCCCUGCGCCUCCAGAAUUGGCUUCUCUUUCUCAUAUGGAAUUUCUUGAAUUAGUGGGCCUAGACCUAAAAUCCCUCGUGCAGCUUCCGUCCUCCCACUCGAGAUUCAGAAAUUUGUCAAAUUUACAUAUUAAUUGGUGUAAAGUGGAAGACAUUCUUCUAGAUGGACUUCCACGACUGGAGAAGAUAGUUGUCCAAAAUUGUCAACUGCUUAAGAGGUUUUCCAUUCAUUUGGAACUAACGAAACUACGGGAUGUGGAGGUGACAUGUUGUCCAAAGCUAGUUAAUAUAAAAGUUGUGGGUCUUUUGGAAUCAUUGGAACACUUGAGCAUUUCCAAGUGUGAAUCUCUGAGAAGAAUAGAUGGGUUACAAUACUUGAAGAACCUGGAGAGAUUGA